AUGAGUGGUGACAAGACAUUCGAUAUUGCACCAGUCCUUGCUGUCUUCCAAAGGUUCGCCUUUUUUGAAGAACAGGAGCGGCUAAACAAAGCGCGUGGUUAUAUUGCUGCAGCCACUUCGAAAAUUCAGCUCAGCUAUGCAUCCAAAACCCCAAUAUCUUUACUCCUGCCGGCUGCACCAUUCAAAAACUCGUCUCCACACAAAGUCCUAGACACACGAAGCCCCGAUUUUGGAGAAUUUCUGGGUCUAUCGAGACUCAAUCAUCUUUGCGAUGAUUUGAGAAAGGUAUAUCCGUAUGGUGCAAAUCUUACUAUGGUAUCUGACGGCCCUGUCUACAACGAUCUGCUCUGCAUCCCUGACGCUGAUUUCUACGACUACGGUAUUAAGCUACGCAAACUUGUCACUGAGAAUGGGUUCACACGCAUUCGAUUCAGACGUCUAGCGGAUGUGCUCGGAAUCGCAGACGCAGACAGCUUGUCUAAGGCUGAAUAUCUAGCCCUGGCAGAUACCUGCCGGACUGAGAUGGAAGCUAGAUUUCUGCCUACAAGCUUGCAGAUUGAAAAAAAGAUCGAAUCCCACAAAGACACGAACUUGACCUAUCAGGCAUAUGUAAAGCUUGCCGAUGAGGAUCUGCGAUGGGGACUAGAUCUUGAUCCGCGGAUCAGAGACGAUAGAGUGCUUUACACUGAAGAAACCCAAAAGGUCGCAAUCAGAUUGACUGACCGUCUGCUGGCUUAUGAGGGCGCCUUAGAGGCUGCAUUUCCCGGCCACAUCAGACUCUCAAUUCAUCGGUCAACCGGCGAAACGAAGAUUCCAAUUCCUUUGAUACCACAGCCUGAGGGUUUCGGGCUUCAGCCCUGGCACUGCUGUGUUGUAGUCACAGCUCAAGGGCAAUACUUAACUCGUCAUUCAAAGGACUACCGAUAUAAUAAGGACUAUGAGGUUGUAGAAAAGGAUGGGAGGCCUUACCUGAUACGUGAGAGACACGACAACUUUGAUUGGCCAGAACAUAUCAGACUACAUCAUACCUACGAGGGUGGGAUAGUCGUAGAGAACAUCUCGUCCAAGGAUUAUGAACUCACGGCAGAAUGGGAAGUAAAACUGUCCAACUUAGCGUUGCGUUUCAAAAGUAUUGAACUGUUUCAGAGUCACAUGAUUGCAACUUGCAAAGGAGAGGUCGAGGAAGCAGCUUGUUCAGUAGUUGGAAGUACGGCCUUGGGCGCAUUCAAGCUUUCGCACUCAUUGAAGGUCUCUUGA